AUGGCGGCGACAGAAAAAGGUAUCAAACCUGAUUCCACUAUGCAGAUGUCAAGUUAUGAUGGUCCGGUGGUUGAUCUGUCGAAUCGGGGUCUUCAUAAACUGGAUGCAAAUUUCUCGUGCGCCGCCGACACUCACACUCUCAUCCUCGACCAGAACCACAUCAUUAAACUUGAACAUCUCGAGAAAAAUGCAGCACUUCAGCAGUUGUCCGUUGCCUGUAACCGACUUGUACGCAUGAUGGGCGUGUCCAGGCUCACAAACCUGAAGGUUUUGAACCUCCCUAACAAUAGCAUUGGCUACAUUGAGGGACUUAAGGAGCUGACACAUCUUGAAUGGCUGAACCUAGCUGGCAAUAACAUAAAGGUCAUUGACCAGCUGAACAGCUGUAUAGCCCUCCAACAUUUGGACCUAUCUGACAACAAUAUUUCUCACAUGGGUGAUCUCACAAAACUCUCUACUUUAAAGACACUCCUUCUCCAUGGCAACAUCAUCACAACCCUGCGUACCGUCCCCGCACACCUCCCACCAAACCUCACUGUCCUUUCUCUUGCGGAAAACGAGAUCAGGGAUCUCAAUGAGGUGUCCUACCUUGCGCCUCUCCAUGACCUUGAGCAGUUGUCCAUUAUGAAUAACCCUUGUGUCAUGGCGACACCCUCCCUGCCUGGGUGUGAUUACCGUCCAUAUGUAGUCAGCUGGUGUCUGAACCUGAAGGUGCUCGAUGGAUACGUGGUGUCACAGAAAGAGGGAUUGAAAGCAGAGUGGCUUUACAGCCAAGGCAAAGGUCGCACAUAUCGUCCAGGCCAACAUGUGCAGUUGGUCCAGUACCUUGCUACUGUGUGCCCUCUGACCGCUACAUCUGCUCUGCAGUCUGCUGAGGAUGCUAAGCUUGAGAGGAUUCUCAGCAAACAGAGGCAGCACCAGAGACAACUUCUCCAAACAAGCCACAGAAGCUCUCUGAGCCCAUCUCGUCCCACUCAGCUGGAUGUGGAGCAGAACUGGCACAAUUCACCCAGAAAUGGAGUCACACAACCUGAGCCUUCUAACCUCAGCCCACAGACAGGUCCAGAGCCAGUUCUCCAGGUGAAUUCCUGGCUAGGCUCCUCCUUGGGCUCUGUCCCUGCCCUGCACGCUCCCCUCUCUAGAGAGGAGCCGCUGAUCUUGGAAGAUGUGCAAACGGACGAGGAGAAGCUCCACGGCAGCCUUCUGUCUUCCGAAUCAGCUUUUUUGCCCGUGAGCUCUGAUGUCCAAUCUCCUUCAUGUUCUGACAGUGAAGAGGAGGACGUGGAUGAGCCUGAUUCGUUGGCCCCCGAGGGACCCGCCCGUUCCCGACCCCAAACAGCGCCCGGAAGAGACGCAGCAUCGCACACUCUCAUUUGCCCUCCCCCUGGUCAAUCCCCGAAUGGGGACAAACGCGCCCAGACAGAUGGAAGCAAGCUUUCCAAGAUCAAUGCAGACCAAAAUCUGCCACUAGAUACACAUCUCGCGUCGAGGAGCGGACAAGGCAUUUCGGAGGUGGAGAGCGAGGUGAGAGGGGAACAGAGGGUGGCACAAUGCCGACCCCACGAGGCAGCGGUGAGGAUCCAGGCAUGGUGGCGGGGUCACUGGACGCGGCACCAUCACCCCCAGGCCAAGGAGGUGCGCUCUGAGAUCCGCCUGCGCAGGAUGCAGGAACACAUCGUUUUCCUGACUGCAGAGCUUGACAGGGUGCGUAAACAACAAGAGGAGGAUAGGCUACAAAGACUGGUGCAGGAGGAAGCCGUCAAGUUCCUUUGGAAACAGUUCCAGGCCAUGGUGGAGUGGCAGGGCACAGUUAAGGACCAGCUGAGUUCUUUGUCCCCUGUGCCCAACUCCACUGUAGGUGCCUCCUUCCCUGCUGCACCUGUGUCUGCCACUGAGGACACCAUACCCCCGAUACGCAGUGAGCUCUCCCUGCCUGAGUCUGGCUUCCAUUCUCCUGGAGAGAGACAGGGGUUGCAGGAGGACAGCCUGAGUAGCACAGCCACAGCCGGAUCGCCCGAAACAGUGCGGUCGCUAGGGAUGACGGUCCUGUCGCCGGGUGCAGCAGGCGACAGCCAAGAUGCCAGCCUGCUGGAGCAGUAUUUGUCCUCUGUACAGCGACAGGACGAGGAGGAGGAAGAUGAGGAAGAAGGGGCUGGGGAUAGAACAGGAGCAAAACUGCGGCCACCCUCGUUGUCGCCGCUCAAAAACUCAGAUUCUUCCUCUGUUGUUGUAGAGAAGAUGGAGGAAGCUGGGAAACAGUGCCCCCUUCUGGAGAGUAAAGUUUAA